AAUGGGAACCGCACUGCAUGCUUCCGACACACACAAAAUUCCUGCGACAGUUACUUCUCCGUUCCUUCUCUCUCGCCCUCCCUAUCCUUGCAGAACCCUCGCCCAAUACCUCCGAGGAACAAAUAUUGUACCUCUGCUCCCACAGGCCUGCGACCCCAAAUCUAGUAGGCUCUCCUUUCCCCCACCCUGUUCCUAGCAAGAUUCUUAAAGGAUCGCUACGUUCCUUCUUAUAUUCUAGUCUUUUCCGCGCUUCCCGGAAGGAUCCCAAACCAGAGUCUCUUGCAGAGCUAGACCUAGACCCUCCUCCGAAACCUCUUGUCUUCACUUUCAACCCCUGGGCACCAUGCCACUCGCCCGCAGCCUCUCAGUGACCUCCCUAACAGGACUAGAGGACUGGGAUGAUGAACUCGACCUAGAAAAUGCCAUCCUGUUUGAGGUGGCUUGGGAAGUGGCCAAUAAAGUUGGUGGGAUCUACACGGUUAUCCAGACCAAAGCCAAGAUUACGCUGGAUGAGUGGGGAGAGAAUUAUUUCCUGAUUGGGCCUUACCUGGAGCUGAAUGUCCGCACACAGGUAGAGCUCAUAGAGCCGCCCAACCCUGCCAUCCGCCGCACCAUUGACUCCAUGAACGCAAAAGGGUGCAAGGUUUAUUUUGGCCGCUGGCUGAUUGAGGGAGGUCCCUAUGUUAUCCUCAUUGAUAUCGGGGCAACUGCCUGGAGCUUGGACCGCUGGAAGACAGAGCUCUGGGAAAGCUGCUCCAUCGGGAUUCCCUGGUACGACCGAGAGGCCAACGAUGCCGUGCUCUUUGGCUUCCUCACAGCCUGGUUUAUGGGGGAGUUUGUUGCACAAUGUGAGGAGAAGCCUUUCAUCAUCGGCCAUUUCCACGAAUGGUUGUCCGGAGUCGGUCUCUUCCUCUGCCGAAUCCGGAAGCUUCCGGUGGCUACCAUCUUCACCACACACGCCACCUUGCUUGGCCGUUACCUGUGUGCGGGCAGCGUGGACUUCUACAACAACUUGCAGAAAUUUAAUUUGGACAAGGAGGCUGGGGACCGGCAGAUCUACCACCGAUACUGCAUGGAGAGGGCUGCUGUCCACUGCACCCACGUCUUCACCACCGUCUCCCAGAUCACAGCCGUGGAAGCUGAACACCUCUUAAAGCGGAAGCCUGAUAUCGUGACUCCCAACGGACUGAAUGUUAAGAAAUUCUCUGCCAUGCAUGAAUUCCAGAACCUCCAUGCCCAGAGCAAAGCUCGUAUCCAGGAGUUCGUCCGGGGCCACUUUUACGGGCACCUGGAUUUCAACCUCGACAAGACCAUUUUCUUCUUCAUUGCCGGGCGCUACGAAUAUUCCAACAAAGGGGCUGACAUUUUCUUGGAAGCUUUGGCCCGACUCAACUACCUGCUGAGGGUGAACGGCAGCCAGACCACAGUGGUGGCCUUCUUCAUCAUGCCAGCCCGGACCAACAACUUCAACGUUGAGACUCUCAAAGGCCAGGCGGUCCGCAAGCAGCUGUGGGACACAGCCAAUGCAGUUAAGGAGAAGUUUGGCAAGAAGCUCUACGAAUCGCUGCUUGUGGGGAAUCUUCCUGACAUGAACAAAAUGCUGGACAAAGAAGAUUUCACUAUGAUGAAGAGAGCCAUCUUUGCUACCCAGCGCCACUCUUUCCCCCCAGUCUGCACCCACAACAUGCUGGAUGAUUCCACCGACCCCAUCCUCAACACCAUCCGACGCAUCGGCCUCUUCAACAGCAGCGCUGACCGCGUCAAAGUCAUCUUCCAUCCCGAAUUCCUGUCUUCCACUAGUCCUCUCCUUCCUGUCGAUUAUGAAGAGUUUGUUAGAGGCUGCCAUUUGGGGGUCUUCCCUUCUUACUACGAGCCGUGGGGCUACACGCCAGCUGAAUGCACUGUCAUGGGAAUCCCCAGCAUCUCCACCAACCUCUCCGGCUUUGGCUGCUUCAUGGAGGAACAUAUAGCGGAUCCAUCUGCCUAUGGGAUCUACAUCCUUGACCGACGUUUCCGGGCCUUGGACGAGUCGUGCACGCAGUUGACCUCUUUCCUCUACAGCUUCUGUCAGCAGACGAGGCGGCAACGCAUCAUCCAGCGAAACCGCACCGAGCGGCUUUCCGACCUCUUAGACUGGAAAUACCUGGGCAGGUACUACAUGUAUGCCCGCCACAUGGCACUAGCAAAGGCAUUCCCUGACAACUUCACCUACGAGCCGCAUGAACCAACAGGGACUGAGGGCUUCCGCUACCCCCGCCCGGCCUCGGUGCCGCCGUCCCCCUCCGUCUCCCGCCACUCCAGCCCCCAUCACAGCGAGACAGAAGAGGACGAUGAGCGCUACGACGAGGACGAAGAGGCAGAGAAGGACCGGCAGAACAUCAAGUCCCAGGCACUGAUGGGCACUGUCCCCGAUUGGCGCAAGCGCUCCAAGAAGGGCUCCAGCGAAGCGAGCGUCUCCUCCACCCCCAGCACCCCAACCCCCAGCAGCCCCAGCGACCUCAGCAGCCCCACUAACUCCCUGAGCGAGGAGAGGAAUUAGCUGGGGGGAGAGAGAGAGAGAGGGCCGGUUGCGCCCCGGCUCGCCCUCCCGCUCCUUUCCACACCUUGCCCCCCACCCCCAUAGGUCAGCUGUUCUCUGGUGCUGGAUUCUGAAACCGUCCUGGAGUGCAGUAGGGUUCUAGCAUGCUCCGGAACUGAGGAGGGUCUCGGGGCUGGCGUGUUUCUGUGUAAGGCUUUCUGCUCUGGAUUGGGUCGUUGUGGAAGUUGCCAGGAGGCGGUGGCGCCCGUGCUGUGGAACGGGCAAGGAAAUUGCUGCUCUAGACCACGAGGUGCAUCGUUCCUGUGUUUGGCUGGACCUAGAAUGUUCCCCCACCCCACAAGCAUGCCGCCAACUUUUUGGAAGGCGCUGUCGUGAUGUCCGUGAGGGUCCUUCUGUGCUCAGGGGAGAGUUGCCCCUGGGAUACAGGAGGGGUUGUUGUGGUUUUUGGUGCCCAUGGCUAAACCGGUGACUGAGUAGGUGUGAGAUCUAGAGAUGUAGCAACGUUGCCCCCAGAUGUGCCACUGACUCGGAAGAACUGCAGACUUUUAAAAAAAUAAAACUCGAGGAUUUAUUUUAAAAAUAAAAUUCGAGGACAUAGUCUUGUAAGUUCCUGAUCCUUUUUAUAAUAGUUGGUUGGGUGUGGUGUGGUGUGUGCGUGUGUGACUAGCAAAGUUCUGGAAUGUUAACUUGAGGAGGCCAGAAGCAUUUUUAAAAGCCAUUGGCUGCUCUGCUCAAGAGUGCUGUUUAUCAGGAGAGAGGCGGGCUUUCCCACUACAUUUUGGAUAAAUUGGAUGUGUAUCUUACCUGCCUUCUGGUUUUGUUUUUCCCAAGGAAUUUGUGAAGCCAUUGAAAAUGAAGGCCUUAGUAUGUGAGAGGCAGGAAUUCUGGACCUUUUGGAAAACGAAGCUGUCAGGUGGGAUCCUAAAGGGUGGUGUAGUUCACUUGUUGCGGGAUGUGUCAGGCUCUGGGGGUAUUAUUGCCUUCGUUUCUAAAGUGAUCGAGGGAGAGGAGUAGGUGCGCAGCAUUCUAGGGUGGAAGAAAUCUAGAACUCAUCUUGUGGUAUAAAACACUCUUAAGUGGCUCUGCUCUGGAGUGGAAUAGGAGAACUGACCAGAAGUUCCUUCCUAUGGUAGCUGAAAGGGACAUUUUCUUUCUGAAGCCAUAUUCAUAGCCUAGGAACUGUUUCUCCUAGUGGACACUCAACAUUCUGGGACAAUUAUAAGUGCAAUAUUAUUCAUUCUGUGUGAUUUUUAAAAAGUACCAUGUUGACCUUAGUGAGGGAGAGGGGCGCAGCGGGUGAGCAAACUGCUUACAAAGGACGGUGGAAUAAGCUAUAUGAAAGUAGUCUUACAUUUCUUUUGCUUCAGGAAUGCAGUCUUAAAGCCAUCGCCCCUUCUGUAGAGGAUGCCUGGCAUAGAAGGGCAAUGAGUUCUGAGUGGCGAUUGUUUCUAGGGGAAGGUUUAGAAGGUUGCGCACUGUGAAACACGCAAGUUCUUUAACAGCCCUAAGAGCCCCAGCGUGAGAGGCUCUGAGAAGAUAGGCAAGCUGCUGGUGUUGUAGGGUGCGCAUCGGUUGUAGCCCCCAGCUGCUCUUCACAGGGUGACCCUGCUGUCUAUGAUACGUGGAGAGAAGGGGGGGGGGCCUCAUGGCUGUCAUAUCGGGGGUCUUGGAAGACGGGACAUAGCCCUUGAGAUCAGAGCGUGCUAUGACAUUCUGGACCACUGUGUUGCAAACUGUGAGCCUGGGGUAGCAGCGAUGAUGCAGGAGGGCUGCAUGUCCAAAGCAGGUUCCCAAUUUGUUCAGAGCAGCAGAGGGAAUGCUUCUGAAAGGGUGUAGGACACUUAACUGUAGUUGGCACGGGAAUAUUCUGUCCAGCACAAGAGAGACUACACCUUGUGGGUAUAGCAAAAUGCCAACACACACAAGAGUCACUUCAGUUCUGCAUCUGCUGCCAACUUUGGCAACAAGGAAGGAAAAUCACUUUAUAAAAAACCUAACUCUUUUCCUGUGGCCUAGGUAAUUUAUAUCCCCCUGAUUGUGCCUCCUGUUCCUACGGACUGCCUGACCUCCUAUGCUUGGAUCGUGAGCCAAUUCUCCCCUUCUCACCAACUCUUAUUAAGAAGGGACUCCCUUUGGUUGAAGGUCCGUCGUGAGCCAACACCCUUUUCUCCAGUCUCUCUCUCCCCACCCUGAAGAAAACCCUAGAGAUUUUAUUUAUGGUUGUUGAAAUAUGCUUGAGGUUUUUGUUUUUGGUCUCUGUCUCUCCCCCUCCCCCUGGUGUGGAGAAUCAAUUUUGAAGAACAAAAGCUGCUUGCAAGACACAACUCAAAUAUUUAAAGAAUAAAUUUUGCUUUGGAAAAAGUGUA